AUGUUGAAGCAUGACUAUUCCAGAAUGGACAACACUGACAACUAUUCGAUUCGAUUCGGCGAGUUGAUGAUAUUGAAUGGAGCAUUUCAGGUCCUCCUGCUUCUCUCUAUUGGACAUAUUUUCUGCCCAUGUCGUCGUACUGAUUCGGUAGACCACGACCUAUGGCAAUCAGCUUCGAAAGUGUCUCGAGAUUACGGUAUCCAGAAGACAUACUCUAUUCUGUCUGGAGAGUUGGCGAUAGGGAAACCGUGUAACCUCGUCACGGAAGCUCCACAAAAGGAGACCAGUAAAGCGCUGUUAUCGAUAAUUGGCCAUGUCGUUCCACCUGACUGUCUGUUGUUGGCUGUGCUGAAAUUCAGGGCUGGCUGA